CUGAGCGUCAAGGGAGAGAUUUUUGUCGCCGCUGCGCAAUACCAGCACAAGACCAGCGCGCUGGAAUACUACAAGUUACUCAACAACGACUGUCACAUCAAAACCGCACCCAUCUCACUAUACACACAACUUCAACACGAGCAUGUUGGCCUUCUUAUCAUCCUCGCUGCCAUCCCCCACGGUAGCAGCCAAGUCGUCACGGCCGCAGCACCUCAACUCGUUCGUGGUGCUGACCAAGAAAUCGUCGAGCCGCCGCCUCUCGCGUCGCCGUUACAGUAUCGCCAGCUCAUGCUCCACCGCCAGCAACAGCAGUGACGACGAGUCGGACGGCUCGGAUCUCGAGCCUGAGGACUGUUGCGUCCUGUACGAAUCGUACGCCGCCGUGACUAAGCGCAACAGCCAACCGGCCUCCAUCCGCUGGAGCGAUUUACAGCGCGCACAGAACGCGUCCGAGGUCGCGGACCUGCUGGCUGCGCUGCGUCUCAAGCGGCGCCACACGCGCGACGGGAAGGCUCUCGAGCUGACCGCCCUCGAACUCUGCUUCGAGUUCCUCACGGUGGACGAGCUACAGAAUGCCGCACAGGUGUGCACGGCCUUCCACGAAGUCGUCAAGGCCUCGGAGAUGUUGCUCACGGGCCAAUACAGCCGUCAGUGGCGUGCCAAGAUGCUGCCGGAGACGUACGUGAAGCUGGCCUACCGCGACCAGCUUGUGCUGUGCACUGCGCGUCGCUCAGACGCGAAUUAUGAGCUGUCGACGCGCAGCGCCAUCACCCACUUGCCCGACGGCAAGUACCGCGUGGUAAACAACUCGAUGCUACGCAAGUUUGACAAGGGCGCUGUGGACUCGAUCCGCGGCGUGCAGAAGCUGCCCGUGCUGUCCUGUGCACGCGCUCUACAGAGGAACAUCUUAUACUAUGAGGUGAGCCUCAAAGGAUGCGGAAGCGUGGGUCUCGCGUCCGUCUCCGACGCGGCGACCCGGAACGCGUUCGGCUUCGGCUCUGGAGAGCAUGUGGGCUGGAAGGGCGUGUCCUACGCCUACCACGGCAAUGAUGGCGACUUCGUCUUUAACGAUGGCGCCAAGCCGUACGGAGGCGAGUGGGGCGCCUUCGGUCCCUCGUGGGGCCGAACUACAGCCCUGUUGAACAACCAGAAGGACGACACCCCUACAUUCACGGUGGGCUGCGGUCUGGACGCCGACAAGCACCAGAUCUUCUUCACUCUAAACGGAGAGAUGGUUGGAACUGCGCCCACUGCGGUGCUGCCUGGAGAUUACGCUGCUGCUGUGUCGCUCCACGCCUUUGGUGACGAAGCUAUGAUCAAUGCUGGUGCAUCUCCGUUCCUCUUUGACAUCGAGGGUUUCUGUGCAAGUCCUUAACUCGAUCCGCCCAGGAUUAAGUUAAGGGCUUGCACAGAGGAGUUCAGAGACCCCCCACGUCGAUCAUCAUGCCGCCGUCAGUCGGCCGCUUGCGUCACUUUCUUCCAACUACAUGUGUCC